AUGCAGGAGACAAUUUCUUCCAGGGGCAAGGCCUUCGCCGGUAAGAGGCCCGCCUUCUUUGACGUCCUCAGUGAUCUCUGGGAUCCGGAGUCCAAUGUCACCGGUAUUGUGAAUAUCGGGUUGGCCGAAAACUCUUUAAUACAUCACGAGCUUGUGGACUUCAUGAAUCUCCAGAACAAUGCGAAGGCCCAUGCUCUUACAUACGGGGAUGGUUUUUCAGGAUCCAAGGCGCUCCGAGAAGCGUUAUGCCGGUUUUUGAACCGGAGGUUUAACCCUCAUGUUCCACUUGUGCCGUCUCAUCUGUUGGUAACCCCAGGCGUAAGUAAUGCGGUUGAGUGUUGCGCCUGGUCUCUGUUCGAGCCAGGUGACCACGUUCUGGUGGGCCGACCUUACUGGACUACGUUUAGACACUUAUUCGGGACACGAGCUGGUGUGAAUGUUCUCGAAGUUUCAUUUGGAUCUGUGGAUCCGUUCAGCCAUGAAGCGGUCAGACUAUAUGAAACGGCCUACAACACAGCCGUUAACGAUGGGAAACAAGUCAAAGCCAUUCUGCUCUGCUCCCCAAAUAACCCUCUUGGCCGCUGCUACCGAAGGGAUGUACUUGAGUCUUAUAUGGCCUUGUGCAACACGUGUCAAUUACACCUAAUAUCCGACGAGAUCUAUGGGCUAUCUGUCUGGAAUAACCCGAGCUUGGGAGAUAGCACCGCGUUUACGUCUGUUCUGGCGGUCAAUGCUGCUCAGAUCAUGGACCCCAGUAUGGUUCAUGUGGUAUGGGGUUUGAGCAAGGACUUCGGUGCGACAGGUCUGCGGAUCGGCUGUCUGAUUAGCCAAGGAAAUGCAGCGUUCCUCACGUCAGCGGAGGGCAUAUCGUUAUUUAACUUCCCAUCUAGUCUGGCCGAUAAUGUCGCUACUUCCCUCCUGAUGAACAAUGAACUUGUGGAUCAAUUCGUAUCGUUGACGCAAUCACGACUAGCGGAAAGCUACAACCACGUAACGGAGACUUUACGAAAGCAAAAUAUUCCAUUUCAAGAGUCAAAUUCUGCACUAUUCGUCUGGGCAAAUCUGGCAGCGGUUGUCAAAGAUGGGCCUGUCCCAGACGAGGAAAUUCUCUCAAGACUCUGGGCUAAGCGGGUGUAUGUCACUUCUGGUUCAACCUAUGCGAGUGAAAGGGAGGGAUGGUUCCGAAUAGUGAUAGCACAUCCCAGACAUGUCCUAGACGAGGGCUUGGAUCGCAUUGUGUCUGCACUGUUGUAA